AUGGACCGCUUCAACCUCUUCUCGCGCGUGCGUGAGCAGCUCACCAGCAACUUAAACAACAACAACAACACCACUACUGCUGACAACGGUACCGCCAUCCCCCAAAUAAGUAUCAUCCCCGACUCCUCCGACCUCCAAGCCCAGCGCUCUACCUCCAACAAUCCGGCCCCGGAAAUGAUGGAACGCCCUCGUACCGGGCUCGGCGCAAGCCCAUCCUCUGGUUUCCGGUCCCGCUUCCGGCCUCCGGUGUUUCCCAGCCUUCUUAGUCAUCACCAUAACCAUCACAAUGGACCAACUACGCCAACCGGUCCUGUCGGCGCGGGAAGCAUGGCCCAUCUUUGGCCUCAGCCUAGGCCAACGUCAAGUCAUUAUGCCUCGGAGUUUGAUGAGACCGGCGGCGGUGUGCUCCCCGGAACAGAAGUGGACUACUACACCGGCUCAUCCUCCUCCUCAUCAGAUUCAGAGGACGAGUACGAAGAUGACAUCGUAGAAAGCCCCAAGAGCCCUGAUUUCAGGAUCGCGUCGCCUGUGUUGCCUGGGAUCAGGAUUGACUUGCCUAAUUUAGCCAGGACGUGGUCGAAUGAGAACCGGAGGGCUGAGUCUGCCGGUAUUGAUCAGCAUCAGGGCCAAGGGAGGAGAUUCAUCGUGAGAGGAGGAGACGCAGACGGGAAAGGAAUGAGGGCGAGGGCGAGGGGAGAAGUCGGUCCUGCUCUGUGUGGGAUAGAAGCCAUCAACACCGGCAUCACAGGGAUCGUCAACAUCGCUCACGAAGGGAAAGGAGAGAUGAGACGCCCGAGGAGAGGGAACGCCGCCGGAGACGGAGAAGAGAACGUCGCGAAGGAGAGGGCAGUGAACGCACCAUCAGGACCGCGAUCGGGGAGGGAGCGAAAGAUCAUCGGAGGGAAGCUCAGGGAGGAGCAGUGCCUCAAGGAGGACCCAAUCACACCCGGAGAGAUUCCUGUUCUGUAUUCCUUGGAUCCGGUCAGCCCGGAUCAGGGCUCAGAUACUGAGGGUCUUUGUAUCGGGACUAUGUUUGAGUACGGUCACGGCAUCCUGGCCCUCAUGCUCACGCAUAACAUCCACUCCCGCGAAGUCGUCAUCCUUCUGGUGCUCUUCAUCCUAUUCGUCGCCAUCGUCUUCUCCCACUCCGUCAUCCGUCUCUGCGUGCUCCUUCUCAAACGUCGCAAAGUCGAAGAGGGAGCCAUGCGCGAGCAAUACCAAAACGGCCUCUCAACCUCUCCCUACGCUGAGGUCAUUAUCCCUCCCGGAGGGUACGCUGUCCCACGCGAACCGAUCCCCGUCGUUCUGGCUCGUGAUGAAGAAGCGGCGGGAAUUGAAAGCGAAGAGACGAAGUUAGGGCCGCCGGCGUAUGGGCAGUGGAGGAAUAGCGUGCGCGUCGACCCAAACCGACUCUUCUGGGCACGCGUUCCCAACGCGCCUGCGACUGAGGCAAGCAACUCGGGACGGAACUCUCCUCGCCCUCCGUCCUAUUCGUCUGAAGACGGCAUCGCCAUCUGCAUCUAUCUGCCUGUGAUUACAACGACGCAUGUUGGCGAUGGUGAUGAGUGA